GUCUAUAAAGUGGUUGUCAAUGCUGAAGGAAAAUCCUGGUUUAUAUUCAGAAGAUACAAUGAAUUCCACUCUCUAUUUGAAAAGGUAAUUAUCAGAUUUCAAACUAUGAUAAACAUCUAUAUUUCAUUCAUACUCAGAUGUUUCAUUCAUACUCAGAUGUUUCAUUCAUACACAGAUAUUAAGAAGAUCAAUCCUGAUUCCAAUCUGAGACUGCCAGGAAAGAAAAUAUUUGGUAAUUUAGAUCCAGAAUUUAUCAAACAACGAAGAGAAGGUUUAGAUGAUUUUAUACAGAAACUUAUAACUACACCUAUUUUAUCUGAAAAUCCUGAAGUAAGAACAUUCCUGUCUCUAGAUAAUCCACGAAAUGUACAGCAACAUUUAGAUCCUGAUCAAUUUACAGAUAGUGAAAACAUGAAUGGUAAAGACCCCAACCCAGUUAAUCUGGGACCCAGUGAAAAGUCAAGUGUUAAACCAAGUGACUUUGAGUUUUUAAAAGUUAUAGGAAAAGGAAGUUUUGGUAAAGUUUUAUUAGCCAGACAUAAGAAAGAAUCCAAAGUUUAUGCAGUGAAAGUGUUACAAAAACAGGCUAUCAUGAAACGAAAUGAAGUGAAACAUAUUAUGUCAGAAAGAAAUGUACUGUUAAAAAAUGUGAAACAUCCAUUUUUAGUUGGACUUCAUUAUUCUUUCCAAACUAAAGACAAACUGUAUUUUGUGUUAGAUUAUGUUAAUGGAGGAGAGUUAUUUUUCCAUCUACAAAGGGAACGUUAUUUUCCCGAACAACGUGCCAAAUUUUAUGCAGCUGAAAUGGCUAGUGCAAUAGGUUACUUACAUUCUCUUAAUAUCAUAUACAGGGAUUUAAAGCCAGAGAAUAUAUUACUGGACAGUAAAGGACAUGUUGUGUUAACAGAUUUUGGUUUAUGUAAGGAAGGAAUAGAGGGAAUGGGGACAACAUCCACUUUCUGUGGUACUCCAGAAUAUUUAGCACCCGAAGUAUUAAGAAAACAGCCCUAUGAUAAGACUGUAGAUUGGUGGUGUCUAGGUGCUGUAUUAUAUGAAAUGAUGUAUGGUUUGCCACCAUUUUAUAGUCGAGAUACAGCUGAAAUGUAUGAUAAUAUAUUAUAUAAACCAUUAAGACUGAGAACUAAUGUCUCAUCAGCUGCUCGCUCUAUAUUAGAAGGGUUAUUACAGAAAGAGAAAGAAAAUCGACUUGGGGCUAAAAGAGAUUUUCCAGAAAUUCAAGGUCAUGAUUUCUUCAUGGAUAUAAAUUGGGAUGAAUUAGAUAAACGUAAAAUACAACCACCAUAUAAUCCAAAUGUGAGUGGACAACUCGAUUUAAAACAUUUUGAUCCUGAGUUUGUUCGUGAACCAGUACCAGCUUCUAUAGGAAAGUAUGGUAGUUGUAAAAUGGUUAGUGCUAGUGUAGUUGAAGCUGAUGGAGUAUUUGAAGGAUUUUCAUAUGUCCCACCUUCAGAAGAUGCUUUUGGUUAACAUUUCGAUACAAGAUCACAUAAACAGAGUGAGCUCUGAGUAGUUAAAGCAUGAAUCAGUACCUCAACCAGAUUGUGAUAAUGCAUUGUAAUGGGUUAAAAUAAUCGAUGAAAAUGCAAGGUUACCAAUCUCUGGAUAUGCGUCAGGUCACCCCUGAAGAGAUUCUACAUGUGAGAUAUCCAACCCCCUCAAAAAUUUACAUUCCGUUUUAAGUCCAAUAGAUUAGAGUCUUUCAAUGUAAAGUGUUCAAUGAUUUGUUGUAAAUUAUCAAACUAUGAUUUUAAAUUAGUUUAUAAUGAUUGAUAAGAAUGUUUUCAUUCUUUGCAUUAACCAAUCAGAUUGUUAAAUUAGUAAUGUUUUCUGAUUAUUUGAUUGGCUAAUGUUCUAAAUACAUGUGAAAUACCUGUACAUAGAGCUCAAAGAAAAAUAAAUAUAGUAUGGGAGAUAACUCAAUAUUGUUAUGAUCAU